CUUGUCUCCCCUAGAUAAUUUUGCUCAUCGAACUGCAGUUCGGAAAGCCUUGGCUAAAGAUAAGGAAUGGCAAGAACAAUUCCUCAUUCCAAAUUUGGCUCUCAUUGAUAAGCAAGAGAGUGAGAUUACUUACCUGGUGCCAUGGUGCAAAUUAGAAAAGCCUCCAAAAGAGGGAGUCUAUGAGCUGGCUACUUUUCAGAUGAAACCUGGUGGCCCAGCUCUGUGGGGUGAUGCAUUUAAAAGGGCAAUUAAUGCCCAUGUUGAUAGAGGCUACACAAGACUAGUUGGUGUUUUCCACACAGAAUAUGGAACACUCAACAGAGUUCAUGUUCUGUGGUGGAAUGAGAGUGCAGAUAGUCGUGCAGCUGGGAGGCAUCAGUCUCAUGAGGAUCCCAGGGUCGUGGCAGCUGUUCGGGAAAGUGUCAACUACCUAGUGUCUCAGCAGAAUAUGCUUCUGAUUCCUGCAUCAUUUUCACCAUUGAAAUAGUUUUCUACUGAAACACAAAAGAUUUCAUUAAUUGGCCUAAGAUGUGUCUGCUAAUGGUGCUUAAGUUCUUCCAAGAGAAUUAGUCUCACUUUUAUUUUAAUGAGGUGGUAAGUUAAUUUAUUAUGUUCCUUGCAUUUUUUUAAAGCCAACUCUGUCAUCUAUUUAUCACCACUUAAGGAAAUAGUUCUAUUCAUUUUCUCCAUGAUGUGUCGGUGUUUGUUAUAUGUGAGACAUAGUUGUCACUACUUCAUGAUCUUGAUUUUUCAUUUGAUUCAGAAUAUCUUCUGUAUUUUGAAAGCCCUUUGCUUUAUAAUAUUUUCUCAAAUUCAAAUAAUGAUUUACAUUUCCUCGUCUGACAAUAUUUUUAAAUUAAGUACAUAUAAUAUAUCUAUCUUUUCAUGUUUGUUUUUUCUGAUAUCUAAAACUAUAUUUUUACCCAGUAAAGUUUACUUUGUGAUAUUAAAUGGGAUUGACAAAAAUAUUAAAUUAAAUAUAUUUCUUUACUUUGGAAAAGUACAGUAUCAUAUGUGUCAUCUGUAUUAACUGUGGGCUUCACAUUAAUUAUUAGGUCAUUCUAGAAAAUAAUAUAAUUAGCUCACAUUAUUACAGUUUCAAGGAAGACUUGGUUUAUAUGCUGAAAUAUGUUCAUUUAUAAUUAAUUUUACUAAUUUUGACUUACCUUGUGUCACAAAGAUCUUAAGACCUUUUUUUUAAAGAAAUAUUUAUGA